GCGCACGAUGCGCCCAGCAGCGUUCUGAGCGCCGCCGCGCCGCCGCCUCCGCCGCGAUGAUUCCCCCCGAGCCGCAGCAGCAGCAGCAGCUGCAGCCGCCGCCGCCGGCCCCGCCGAACCAUGUGGUGACCACCAUCGAGAACCUGCCGGCCGAGGGCAGCGGCGGCGGCGGAAGCCUGUCCGCCUCCUCCCGGGCCGGCGUGCGCCAGAGGAUCCGCAAAGUGCUGAACAGGGAGAUGUUAAUCUCUGUGGCUCUAGGACAGGUGUUAUCCCUCCUUAUUUGUGGAAUUAGCUUGACCAGCAAGUACCUGUCAGAAGAUUUCCAUGCCAAUACACCAGUCUUCCAGAGUUUCCUCAAUUACAUCCUCCUCUUCUUGGUCUAUACCACCACACUAGCUGUCAGACAAGGAGAAGAAAACCUCCUGGCAAUUUUACGACGAAGAUGGUGGAAGUAUAUGAUCCUGGGACUGAUAGACUUGGAAGCAAACUAUCUGGUGGUCAAGGCUUACCAGUACACGACUCUGACCAGUAUCCAGCUCCUGGACUGUUUUGUGAUCCCGGUUGUGAUUUUGCUCUCCUGGUUCUUCCUGCUGAUCCGGUACAAGGCUGUGCAUUUCCUCGGCAUCAUCGUCUGCAUCCUGGGAAUGGGAUGCAUGGCGGGCGCAGAUGUGCUUGUGGGAAGGCAUCAGGGAGCAGGGGAAAAUAAGCUGGUAGGGGACCUUCUGGUCUUAGGGGGAGCCACACUCUACGGUAUCUCUAACGUCUGGGAAGAAUACAUCAUCCGAACCCUGAGCCGAGUGGAAUUCCUGGGAAUGAUUGGACUCUUCGGGGCAUUUUUCAGUGGAAUUCAGUUAGCUAUAAUGGAGCACAAGGAGCUGUUGAAGGUGCCCUGGGAUUGGCAAAUAGGACUGCUGUACGUUGGCUUUAGUGCCUGCAUGUUUGGUCUCUACAGCUUCAUGCCAGUGGUCAUAAAGAAAACCAGCGCCACUUCGGUCAACCUCUCCCUGCUCACCGCAGAUCUAUACAGCUUGUUCUGUGGAUUGUUUCUCUUCCACUACAAGUUUUCAGGACUUUAUCUCCUGUCUUUCUUCACCAUCCUCCUCGGCCUGGUGCUCUACUCCUCCACCUCCACAUACAUAGCCCAGGACCCCCGCGUUUACAAGCAGUUCCGCAAUCCUUCAGGACCCGUCGUGGACUUACCAGCCACAGCUCAGGUGGAGCCUUCAGUCACCUAUACCAGCCUGGGCCAGGAGACUGAAGACGAGCCCCACGUUCGUGUGGCCUAGGAUGACACCCUCCCAGCCCACUGAGGACACCUCCGCGGCCGUGUGUCCGCCCGUCAUCUCUGUUUUGUACAUAGAGAAAGGUAUUUAUUAGGUGCGGUUUACACAGGUGGACUGCAAGGUAGCGAAUCUGAAAGCCUGUAAAAGGCAUAAGCUAAACAUCCCUGGAGACACAGGCUCUGAUCCACCUGACCUGGGGAGAUGCCUAGCUAGUGUGUAUCCGGGUCACCACCCCCCUGCAUUAAUUACUGUGAAAAUGUUUGAAUCAAAAGCAAGUAUUAUUGUUUGUAUUAUUACGGUUACUGUUACUACACCGACUUCCAGGAGGAGCUUUUGUACUCCUGAUGGGAACUCUCACCAGACCCACUCACAUGUAGUUAACAUCAAUCCCACUUUUCUAUGGCAAGUCACUUUUUAAGAAUCACACUUUAUUUUUGUGCACAGUCUCUGAGUGCUGCAUGCCACAGGAGCUCCACCCUAUGACGCUUCCUUAUCCUGGGACCUGGGGGCUCGCGGUUUCCUCUGUUACCUGUUGGAUUGCCUGCUCAAUAUGUAUUUUGUGCUGUGACCCUUGUGGGGAGUGGCAACAGACCAUAUAAUUCUCUAUUCUAGGAAUAGAUAUAAAACAAACAUUUUAGCCUUUUUAUAUUUCAAUCUCUGAUUACUCCAGGCCAUUGCCUUUCUGUUGUGCCACAUGAUUCUGCUAAUCAAGUCCCUGUAAUAACAGGAUAAGGAAAGUUCCGUUUCUGCGGCUUAUGGGAAACCCCAGAAAUAAUAUUAUUUGUGCUUAGGGCAAUACAUUUUUUUAAAUCUUUCUGUUCCUCCCUAUGUUCCCUCUUCAAAAACGAUAUUGGUUUUCCUUUUUCCCCCUAGAUUCCUUUAGUGAUAAUAUGGAAAUCAAUCAAGGCAUUGGAAAAAGCCAUGGUCCUCUGCCCUCUUGCAUGACACCCUUUUUGAAAUACAUCAGCAUGGGAAAUUACCUUUACUGUGGAGUGUCAUUGGUUGUUUGGCCUCCCAACAAAGUCGGGGUGCUGGUGUGGAACAGUCUCUGAUGAUCGUUUGAUUGAACUGGCCAUUCUGUAGUGGUAAAAAUGCCACCAAUGAAAAAGUCUGGCACUGUGGUCAUAUUUGGCAUCCAUUCAAUAGCGGAAUAUAUCACACAACAUUCUUACGGAUACAGAGAAUAUUACAGGGUCCUGAUAAGGCUUUGAGGGGUGUGUCACCGGUCUAAUUUUGUUGCCCUUAAAAUACCCCUUUCUUCAAACACAGAAAAUCAAGAAACACCACAAACCUCUAUGAUUUACAAUAGAUUCUACAUGUCAGUAUGUGCAAUAGUCUUUACCUUUGGCUGGCUUCAAUACGAUUCGAAAAGAUCCUCGAUAGAGUUACAGGGUUUGUAAAGGGAAAAUAAAUGUUUGGGGCAAUUCAAAUCAAUACAUCUUAAGCAAGCAAAGCAAAACAUCAGAGGGGUCUCUGUAAGGUAGAGAACAGAUCGCAGCUUAGUCAGGAUUUCCGUAGUAGCCUGAACAAGGCCUAAAUACGGCUGGCAGAAGCAUCCCAUGCUGUCCGCCAGCACCCAUGUGACACUUCUGCCUGCCCUCUACCCCAGGACAGGUAGUCCUGCCCUUGGAGUUGGAGCAGACAAACUAUCUUUUCUGACAUGCAGAUUUUAUGCUCAUCUCUGUUCAAUCCCCUUAGAAACACGUUUUAUUUUCAGUGAAAAAAAAAUCACCAUUAAAGCUAUAUCAAGUUAAAAGAGCUUUGCCAAUGUUUGCUCUCUGCUACCUUUUAAACCAAUUAAAUACCUUUCUCUGAUAUUUUGUCCAUUCAGAUCUGAAGACCUUUAAAGACUGUGGUUUUAUUUUUGUGUUUACAUUCCUUUGGUUUGCAUAAUUUGCUUGAUUUAUUGCAUUCUUAGUAUUUAUUUUAAGCCAAAUGUUUUAGUCUUUUUUAUUCAUUUUUAUGACACUAAUUUGUAGACGCUUAGUAAAGUCUUAUGAGAAAUAAGUGGAUGAAAGUAUUUCCAAGUCGACUCGGUGGACUGGGAAUUUUUUUCAAGUUUAAAUUUCAAAAGGGUUUGCAAAUCAGUGGAUGGCCACAAGUUGCCAUCUGAAUUAUUUUCUAGGAUAUUUUAAUUGACUCCACUGUAUGGAAACCAAGUGUGAAUGUUAAGGUGAAUUCACUGUAUACCUUUUACCAUCCAAUGUCCUUGUACACAAGAUUUUCAUGUCACUGGGGUAGCUCACUGUGUUGGUUCUUCUCCAUUUAGAAAGGCUGAUAACGUACUGAAUUGUCUGAGAUCAGGAGUUCCAGAUUGACCCUUCGGGGAAAAAAGAGAAUAGCAAGAAACAAACUUUUUUUCCGUGUAAAAACAUCGAUCCUUUGGGAGUGGGGUGGGAAAUGGGGGUAGGACAUCAUAAACUCUAGCUGUUUGAGUUUCUGAAAUUUCAUAACCUCAGUAGACACCAGCAAAAAUUUCAGCUUUUCAAUCCACCACCAACCACUCUCUCCUCCACAAAUGAGACUUUAGCAAUUUGUCUAGAAUUUGGUUGGGUAAGCAAACCUUAGCUCUCCUAAGCGGUGGUCCUCACUUACUCAAUGACAACUUGCACUGGGGAUACUGCUCGCCUUGGUCACACUUUCCCACAGCUCCGAACUCUGAAAUACACAACCAGGUAGAACAAGCAAUGGAAAAAUUUACACCACUGUGUCCCAUGAAAAUGUUUCAAUGUUUAGUUUAGGUAUUGCUAACUUGUGCUAUUAACCUUUUGACAAGCAGUGUAGUAUUGUUUGUUUGGGGUUUGUUUUUGAUUUGUAACCAUUUAGGAGUCCCCAGCUAGCUACCAAUACAGAUUUUACCCCAUGGGUAGGAUUCUACUGUCAAGCCACGUAACAAAGCACACUAAUCCAGACACUGCAAAUGGAAAAUAUGAACCAAAAAGGAAAUUGACACCGAUAAGUUGAACAAACUCUCCAUUUUUGAUAUUUGCAUGCUCCCCUAUGGACUGGCUGUGGCAAUGUAAUGCCUGUAUAAUGUUUUCAAAUAAAAAUAAAUGCUUUAUGAAAGCACAGA